CGGCCACGCACCCUACAGCCUUUUAUUUUGAUGUCAAGAAGUUGCCGACAACCUUUUCCUCGCGUUGAUGGGCGUUUUCACAGCGUGCUGUGGUUGUGGCAAGCGCAAUGAAGAUUCUCAGCCCUACGAAGCUCCUCGAUGCGCGCAAUCGCCUUCCAGUCCUGUCAAUUCCGCUGUAAAUGCAAGUCCACCACAAAUAACCGUUGGAAACCAGGAGAGAGGCAAUGCUGAAAAUCUUGAUCCAAGAGUGGACGAGGCAAGGAAUGAAACGGAAACCGAGCACAUCUCCUCAGCACGCGUUUCAUGCAUACCUUCGGCAGUCGGAAGCACUGGGCAAAUUUUCUCACUUAUUGAAGCUCAUUCUUUCAAUCCACCACUGUGCUCGACUAAAAUAGGAGAAGCAACACCAGUCAAAUCUAUGAGUCUCUCCGCAAUCGAAACAAAUGAGAAGCAGCAGAAUAAAUCUGAUGACGUCCAUUCACUACUGCUUGCUGAAAAAUGCAAAAGCAAGAUGAAAUCUCGUCCGCUUCGACGUAUGACCGUAUCCAGUCCUUUUUCUGAAAGCGCGGUUAGCGAAUUCGACGACACGAAAAUGGUUCUCCCUCAAUAUCAUCCAUUGUUUGAAACAUCUCCGAAAGGGACAGUGAAAGAUGAAAAUGAGAAGAAAACAGAUGGCUCCACCAGCACCGGCAUUGGCACUAGCCCGGGAAGAACGUUUGUGAUCCGAGUCGAUGCUGAUGCUUAUAAUGAAGCUGUCUUCCUCGACCAAAAUACAGCGCCUGGCACCGAACAGGAAAAUAUGGCAAAACAAGCUGUGGAUGAGGUUGAUGUGGAAAUGCCACCUAGCGAUGAUGAUUGCAAAGAUGGAUCUGUGGGACCUCUUCUUUCGAUGACUGCUAAGCAGCUAGCUGCCAGUAUGGAAAUUUCCGGCGAACUUCCCGCAGACAAGCUCAAUGCACCGACAAAGCCACUGAAUCCAGAUGAGUCAGCUGAGUUACCUGUACCUCCUCCAAAUACCCCGGUAUGUACGGAAAUGGCAAUGACAUCCGAAACAGUGACUAUUCGAGGAAGUUCGGCUUACUUUACCGCAUUCUAAUAGUGAACUUCUUCUCGUUUGAUAGUCCUAACAGUAUCAUCAUAAUAUCUUAGUUAUAUAUUUGUUUUGUUAGGCUGGAGUGUCUUGAGCUCCUAUUCAAGGCGCUGGUAACAAUUUUUCGACUCAGUUGCACUCUCUCCCGAUUGUUUCUACCGUACGCUAGAGUUUGGAUGCUUUCUAACUACAGUAACAACUAAUUGCAUUUCUAACUAUUGAAUAUCGUCCGAAUAGCCACUCAAAAGCUAUUUGCUCACUCGAAUGCAUGCAAACAUCUGUAAAAGUUAAGCUAAUUUUAUUAUCCUAAUAAAUAACGUAUUUCAGC